AUGACGACAAAAGCACCAACGUUUACACAGCCAUUACAAAGUGUUGUGGCACUGGAGGGUAGUGCCGCAACCUUUGAGGCUCAUAUUAGUGGUUUCCCAGUUCCUGAGGUGAGCUGGUAUCGGGAUGGCCAGGUUCUCUCUGCUGCAGCUCUGCCCGGUGUGCAGAUCUCGUUUAGUGAUGGCCGCGCUAGACUGGUGAUCUCCGCCGUGACAGAAGCCAACAGUGGAAGAUACACCGUGCAAGCCACCAAUGGAUCUGGGCAAGCAACUAGUACCGCUGAGCUGCUUGUCACAGCUGGAACAGCACCACCAAACUUCUCACAACGACUACAAAGCAUGACUGCAAAGCAGGGAAGUCAAGUUCGUCUUGACGUGAGAGUGACUGGAAUCCCUACACCUGUGGUGAAGUUCUAUCGGGAUGGAGUAGAAAUUCAAAGCUCUCCCGAUUUUCAAAUUUUACAUGAAGGAGACCAUUACAGCUUAAUAAUUGCAGAAGCAUACCCUGAAGACUCCGGCACCUAUUCAGUGAAUGCCACAAAUAACGUGGGACGUGCUACUUCAACAGCUGAAUUGCUGAUUCAAGGUGAGGAAGAAGCCGUUCCUGCCAAAAAGACAAAGACAAUUGUUUCGACUGCUCAGAUUUCACAAACAAGACAAGCCAGAAUUGAAAAGAAGACUGAAACCCACUUUGAUGCCAGAUCACUUACAAGUGUUGAAAUGAUCGUGGAAGGUGUGACAGCUCAACAGCUCCCACACAAAGCACCUCCACGAAUGCCUCCUAGACCUACGUCAAAGUCACCAACUCCACCAGUAAUUGCUGCAAAAGCACAAAUGGCACGACAGCAGUCACCAUCACCUGUUAGACAAUCGCCAUCACCUGUAAGACAUGUCAGAGCACCAACACCCUCACCAGUAAGAUCGGUUUCUCCUGCUGGAAGAAUUUCCACCUCGCCCAUCAGACCAGUGAAAUCUCCAUCUCCAAUCCGUAAACCACAUGUAGUGACAACUGGGGCUGAUGUCCUUCCUCCUUGGAAGCAGGAAGGAUAUGCUGCAACCACAGAAGCCCAGAUGAAGGAAACAAGAGUAUCUACAAGUGCUACCCAAAUAAGAACUGAAGAAAGAUGGGAAGGGAGAUAUGGGGUCCAAGAACAAGUUACCGUUAGUGGUGCUGCUGCUGGUGAGGCUGCAGCUGGUGCUAGAGAGGUGAGAAAGGACAGUGAAAAAACAGCAGCUGUUGCUACAGUUGUUGCUGCUGUGGAUCAAGCCAUGGUGAGAGAACCAGCUCCAGGUGCUAUAGAGCAAACUGCUAAAAGGACAGCAAUGACUGCAGUCCACGUUCAGCCUGUUCAGGAGCAGAUGACAAAGGAGGAAAUGGUAGUAGUUACCAGUGAUAAAGCUGCAAAACAAACACUAAUAUCAAGAACUAGAGAAGGAUUUGUUACUUCACAAGAACAAAGGCACAUCUCUUAUGAAAAGGUAAGAAAGGAACCAGAGAAAACUCCACUACCCACAGUAAUAACUGCCACAGACAAAGCCAAAGAACAAGAAACAUUAUCACGAGCUAGACAAGAAAUAUCUACCAGACAUGAGCAGGUGCACAUUACUCAUGAAAAGAUAAGGAAGGAAGAUAUGAAACCUUCUGUACCUAAGGUAGUAAUUACCACUGAUAAACCUAAACCACCGGUCAUAGUAUUGAAAAGUAAAGAAGGAAUUACUACCAAACAAGAACAAGUGAGCAUAACUCAUGAAAAGAUCGAAAAGGAAGCUAAGAAAACUACUGUAGUUCCGAAAAUAAUUGCCACUGAUAAAACCAAAGCACCAGUGUCCAGAACUCGAGAAGAAAUUACAGCCAGCCAACAAAUUCAUCUAGCUUAUGAUCAGACUGAAGCUGGAAAAAGAGCUGAAGCUGUAGCUACAGUAGUUGCAGCAGUUGAUCAGGCACGUGUUCGAUCACCCUGGGAAACUGAACAAGCAGAUGAAGCUUAUGUAAAGCAGAAAACUUUGGAAUAUGGCUAUAAAGAGCAUGCUGUAACAGACCAUGUUGCUGAGGCCCCAGCAGAACGUCAUGUCGUCACUAAAGAAGUUAAAACUGUCUAUGUUCCUCCUGAGAAACAUAUCUCAGCUACUGAAAAGAAGGAAGUUCAUAUAUCCACAGAGAUAAAAAGAGAAACAGAAGCUAAAGCUGAGAAAACAAUUCAUGUUGAACACCCGCGACCUCGCACAACAAGUCCUCAUUUCACAGUCUCUAAAAUUGCGGUUCCUAAACCAGAUCAUACAUAUGAGGUUUCAAUAGCUGGAUCUGCCAUGGCUACUCUGGAAAAAGAGCUAUCAGCCACCUCUGCUGUGCAAAAGAUCACCAAGCCUGUGAAACCACCUCAGCUAAAGCCACACGAAGUCAGAAUAAAAGCAGAGCCAGCUGCCCCUCCACAGUUUCCCUUUGGAGAGGCUGUUGAGACCUAUAAAAGUCGCUAUGAUGUUGAAACCAAAGAAGAGACAGGUGUAAGCAUUAAAAGUGAGGCAGUGCGAGAAGAACACUUGGUGCUGCGGAAAGAAGGUGAAGCGAAGGUAACAGAAACUGCCAGAAUUCCUGUGACUGCAGAAAUCCCUGCUACUCCACCCACCUUAGUCUCAGGCCUCAAAAAUAAGACUGUGACUGAAGGUGAGUCUGUCACUCUGGAGUGCCAUAUCUCUGGUCAUCCCCAGCCUACUGUGACAUGGUACAGGGAAGACUACAAGAUUGAAAGCUCAAUGGACUUCCAGAUCACUUUCAAAGCAGGGCUUGCUCGGCUUGUGAUUCGCGAAGCCUUUGCAGAAGACAGUGGAAGAUUUACCUGCACUGCUACCAAUAAGGCUGGGAGUGUCAGCACAUCUUGCCACUUAUAUGUGAAAGUUUCAGAAGAAAUUGAGACUCGAGAAACCAUAUCUGAGAAGGCUCUUACAGAAGAGAAACGCUAUGUGGAGACAAAGGACAUUGUAAUGGAAGAUGUCUCUGCUGCAGCAGAGGAAGUAUCAGGAGAACCCAUACCUCCUUUCUUCAUAAGAAAACCCAUAGUACAUAAAUUAAUUGAAGGUGGGAGCAUUAUUUUUGAAUGCCAAGUAGGGGGCAAUCCAAAGCCACAUGUCUGCUGGAAAAAAGGUGGAGUUCCUCUAACGACUGGCUACAGAUACAAAGUGAGUUACAAAAGAGAAACCGGGGAAUGCAAACUUGAAAUUUCUAUGACUUUUGCUGACGACGCCGGAGAAUACACUAUUGUUGUUCGUAAUAAACACGGAGAAGCUUCUGCAACGGUCUCCUUACUAGAAGAAGCUGAUUAUGAAGCCUACCUAAAAUCGCAACAAGAAAUGAUGUACCAAACUCAAAUGACUGCAUAUGUACAGGAACCUAAAGUGGCUGAGGUAGCCCCAGCUAUUUCAUAUGGUGACUUUGAAAAAGAAUACGAAAAAGAGCAAGCCCUAAUUAGGAAGAAAAUGGCAAAAGAUACAGUGAUGGUCAGAACUUUUGUAGAAGAUGAGGAAUUCCAUAUUUCUUCUUUUGAAGAAAGACUUAUCAAGGAAAUUGAACUCAGAAUUAUUAAGACCACCUUACAUGAACUUCUCGAAGAAGAUGGAGAAGAGAUGAUGGUUGAUAUUUCUGAAUCUGAAGCUAUAGAAGCAGGAUUUGAUUUAAGAUUAAAGAAUUACAGAGCCUUUGAAGGGACAGGAGUUACUUUCCACUGCAAGACGACUGGAUAUCCAUUGCCAAAGGUCGCAUGGUACAAAGAUGGUAAGCGCAUAAGGCACGGAGAGCGAUACUACAUGGAGGUGCUGCAGGAUGGCAGUGCCAGCCUACGUUUGCCUGUUGUUUUACCUGAAGAUGAAGGAAUUUACACUGUCUUUGCCAGUAAUAUGAAAGGAAAUGCCAUUUGUUCAGCAAAACUCUACGUUGAGCCAGUUGCACCCACAGCAACUCCAGGUUAUGUGCCGGGACCAGAAGUUAUGCGAAGAUACAGGUCUAUUUCUCCACGUUCUCCAAGCAGGUCUCCUGCCCGCAGUUCUCCUUCUCGUUCUCCUGCCCGCAGACUGGAAGACACAGAUGAAGGACAACUAGAGAGACUAUAUAAGCCAGUUUUUGUGCUGAAACCUACAUCAUUUAAAUGUUUACAGGGACAGACAGCACGAUUUGACUUAAAAGUUGUUGGCAGACCUAUGCCAGAGACAUACUGGUUCCAUAAUGGUCAACAAGUGAUUAAUGACUACACCCAUAAAAUAGUGAUUAAAGAAGAUGGCACACAGUCAUUGAUCAUUGUUCCUGCUAUGCCUGAAGACUCUGGAGAAUGGGCUGUAAUUGCUCAGAACAGGGCAGGCAAAGCUUCAGUCUCAAUGACACUGACUGUGGAAGCUAAGGAAGAUCUAGUCAGACCACACUUUGUGCAAAGGCUGAAGAAUGUUAGUGUAAAGGAGGGCUCUAGACUGGAGAUGGCAGUGAAAGCUACUGGUAGCCCUAAUCCUGACAUUGUAUGGCUGAAGAACAGUGACAUCAUUGUACCUCAUAAAUACCCCCAAAUACAGAUUGAGGGAACCAAAGGGGCAGCUGCCCUUAAAAUUGCAUCUACUGCCAGGCAAGACGCUGCAUGGUAUACUGCUACUGCUAUCAAUAAAGCUGGGCGGGACACUACUCGGUGCAAAGUGAAUGUUGAAGUUGAACAUGCAGAACCCGAACCAGAAAGGAGAUUAAUCAUUCCCAAAGGAACUUAUAAAGCCAAGGAGAUCGCAGCACCAGAGUUAGAGCCUCUCCAUCUGCGUUACGGUCAAGAGCAAUGGGAGGAAGGUGACCUCUAUGACAAAGAAAAGCAACAGAAACCAUUCUUUAAGAAGAAGCUCACAUCUUUAAGGCUCAAACAAUUUGGACCAGCACAUUUUGAGUGCAGGCUUACACCAAUUGGUGACCCAACCAUGGUUGUGGAGUGGCUGCAUGAUGGCAAGCCCUUGGAAGCAGCUAACAGACUCCGCAUGAUCAAUGAGUUUGGUUACUGUAGCCUGGACUAUGGAGUAGCCUAUUCCAGAGACAGUGGAGUGAUUACUUGCAGAGCAACCAACAAAUAUGGUACAGAUCAUACAUCUGCUACUCUGAUUGUGAAGGAUGAGAAAAGCCUUGUGGAAGAAUCCCAGUUGCCAGAAGGCAGAAGGGGACUGCAGCGGAUUGAAGAGUUAGAAAGAAUGGCCCAUGAGGGUGCUCUUCCUGCUGUUGCACUGGACCAAAAGGAAAAACAAAAACCAGAAAUUGUUUUGGUUCCUGAACCUGUAAGAGUUCUGGAAGGUGAAACAGCGCGAUUCCGCUGCCGUGUGACUGGCUAUCCUUUGCCCAAGGUCAACUGGUACCUCAAUGGACAGCUCAUCCGUAAGAGCAAAAGGUUUAGACUCCGUUACGAUGGCAUCUACUACCUGGAUAUUGUGGACUGCAAAUCAUACGACACAGGAGAGGUGAAAGUCACUGCAGAGAAUCCAGAAGGCUUUCUUGAACACAAGGUGAGACUUGAGAUCCAGCAGAGGGAAGACUUCAGAUCUGUUCUUCGUCGUGCUCCUGAACCCAAACAUGAGCCUGUAGCGACAGAGGCUGGAAAACUUCAAUUUGAGGUACAGAAGGUAGACAAACCUGCAGAGGCGACAACCAAAGAAGUGGUGAAACUGAAAAGGGCUGAAAGAAUAACUCAUGAGAAGCUUUCAGAAGAAUCUGAAGAGCUGCGUAGUAAAUUCAAGCGUAGGACAGAAGAGGGCUAUUAUGAAGCCAUCACUGCUGUGGAACUUAAGUCUCGUAAAAAAGAUGAAUCCUAUGAAGAAAUGUUAAAAAAGACAAAAGAAGAACUUCUUCACUGGACCAAAGAGAUCCCAGAGGAAGAGAAGAAAGCACUUCCUCCUGAAGGCAAAAUCACCAUUCCAUCAUUCAAACCAGAGAAGGUCGAGCUUAGUCCAAGCAUGGAGGCUCCCAAGAUAUUUGAACGAAUUCAAAGCCAGACUGUAGCCCAGGGGACAGAUGCACACUUCCGUGUAAGAGUAGUGGGAAAACCAGACCCUGAGUGCCAGUGGUUCAAAAAUGGUGUGCAGAUUGAGAGGACUGAUCGUGUGUAUUGGUACUGGCCCGAAGACAAUGUUUGCGAAUUAGUCAUCAGAGAUGUGACUUCUGAUGAUUCCGCCAGCAUCAUGGUGAAAGCAGUCAAUAUAGCUGGAGAAACUUCUAGCCAUGCUUUCCUGUUAGUACAAGCCAAGCAGUUAAUCAGUUUCACCCAGAAGUUACAAGAUAUUGUUGCUAAAGAGAGAGACUCCAUGGCAACGUUUGAAUGUGAGACAUCAGAACCCUUUGUCAAAGUGAAAUGGUUUAAGAAUGGAAUUGAGAUUCAUUCUGGAGACAAAUACAGGAUGCACUCAGACAGAAAGGCUCAUUUCCUUUCUGUACUAACAAUUGAAAUGUCUGAUGCUGAUGACUACAGCUGUGCACUGGUAGAAGAUGAAUCCAUAAAAACUACUGCAAAGCUUACUGUUGAAGGUGCUGUGAUUGAGUUUAUUAAAGAACUUGAGGACGUUGAAGUACCAGAAUCUUUCUCAGGUGAACUUGAAUGUGAGGUUUCCCCAGAAGAUGUGGAGGGGAAAUGGUAUCAUGGCGAUACUGAACUCACUUCUAAUCACAAAUAUGUGAUUACAUCCCGACGUGGUCGCCAAAUCCUCACCAUUAAAGAUGUGAAUAAAGAUGAUCAAGGAGAGUAUAGCUUUGUUGUUGGAGGAAAAAGGACUCAUUGCAAACUGAAGAUGAAGCCUCGUCCUAUGGCUAUUCUUCAAGGACUUACUGAUCAAAGAGUCUGUGAAGGAGAUAUUGUACAACUUGAAGUGAAAGUCUCCCUAGAAAAUGUGGAAGGUGUAUGGAUGAAAGAUGGUCAUGAAAUUCAAUCAAGUGAUCGUAUUCACAUAGUGUUGGAUAAACAGUCACACAUGUUGCUGAUAGAAGAUGCAACAAAGGAAGAUAGUGGAUCUUACUCUUUUAGUGUUCCAGAUCUUGAACUGUCAACCACUGGAAAGAUCACAGUGUACAGUGUGGAAAUAGUGGUGCCUCUAAAAGAUGUUCACGUAGUCGAAGGAACAAAAGCUAUCCUCGAAUGCAAGGUUUCAGCACCUGAUGUGUCUUCCUCCAAAUGGUACCUAAAUGAUCAUCAGAUAAAGCCUGAUGAACGUGUACAAGCCGUAUGUAAAGGCAAUAAACAGAGGCUAGUGCUUACCAGAACUCAUGCAUCAGAUGAAGGACGGUAUAAGCUAACUGUUGGCAAAGUUGAAACAAGUUGUAAUGUCACAGUUGAAGAAAUUCAGAUUAUUAGAGGUCUUCACGAUAUCACCUGCACAGAAACACAGAAUGUGUCCUUUGAGGUCGAGCUCUCCCAUUCAGGGAUUGAUGUAAUUUGGCAUUUCAAAGGCAAAGAGAUAAAAACUGGUCCUAAAUAUAAAAUUGAAGCACAUGGCAAAAUAUAUAAAUUGACAGUGGUGAAGAUGAUGAAAGAUGAUGAAGGAGAAUAUGUAUUUUAUGCUGGAGAGAAGAAAACAUCUGGAAAGCUUGUAGUAGCAGGUGGUGCCAUUUCAAAGCCUCUCACUGACCUGACUGUAGCUGAGUCCCAGGCAGCUGUUUUUGAAUGUGAGGUGGCAAAUCCUGAAUCAGAUGGCCAAUGGCUAAAAAAUGGUAAACCAUUACCUAUGACAGAUCAGUAUCGUGCUGAAUCUGAUGGUGUAAAAAGAAGGCUCAAUAUCCCUGUCACGAAAAUGGAUGAUAUGGGUGAAUACAGCUAUGAGGUAGCAAGCUCAAAGACAUCUGCCAAACUGAAGGUCGAAGCUGUUAAGAUAAAGAAGACACUAAAGAACUUGACUGUGACAGAAACACAGGAGGCAGUUUUCAGCGUAGAACUGAGCCACCCUGAUGUGGAAGGAGCUCUGUGGAUUAAAAACGGCGUUGAACUUGAAUCAAAUGACAAAUAUGAAAUUUCAGUGAAAGGAACUGUUCACACACUGAAAAUCAAACACUGUGUUGUCACUGAUGAGUCUGUGUAUAGCUUUAAGCUUGGCAAGAUAGGAGCAAAUGCCAGACUGCAUGUGGAAACUGUCAAGAUCAUCAAAAAGCCAAAGGAUGUGACUGCUUUGGAAAAUGCUGUUGUCUCCUUUGAGUUGAGUGUAUCACAUGAUACUGUACCAGUUCGAUGGUUCCACAAAAAUAUUGAGCUUAAACAAAGUGAUAAAUACAAAAUGAUCUCACAAAGGAAAGUUCACAAGCUUAUGCUGCAUAACAUAUCUCCUGCUGAUGCUGGCGAAUAUACAGCUCUUGUUGGGCAAAUUGAAUGUAAAGCAAAACUGUUUGUGGAAACCAUACACAUCACAAAGACCAUGAAAAAUAUUGAGAUCCCUGAGACCAAAACUGCCUCUUUUCAAUGUGAAGUGUCUCAUUUCAAUGUGCCUGCUGUCUGGUUGAAAAAUGGUGUGGAGAUUGAAAUGAGUGAAAAGUUCAAAAUAGUGGUCCAGGGGAAACUCCAUCAGCUCAAUAUCAUGAACACAAGCAGUGAAGAUUCUGCAGAAUAUACAUUUGUCUGUGGAAAUGACAGAGUCAGUGCAACUCUGACCGUAAAACCCAUCCUAAUUACCUCCAUGCUAAAAGACAUCAAUGCCGAAGAGAAAGAUACAAUAACAUUUGAAGUUACUGUUAACUAUGAAGGUAUCUCAUAUAAAUGGCUGAAGAAUGGGAUAGAAAUAAAAUCAACUGAUAAAUGCCAGAUACGAACGAAGAAGCUCACACACUCCCUCUCCAUAAGGAAUGUGCAUUUUGGUGAUGCUGCAGAAUACACUUUUGUUGCUGGAAAAGCAGCUUCAUCAGCCACUUUAUAUGUGGAAGCUCGUCACAUUGAGUUUAGGAAGCAUAUUAAAGACAUCAAGGUUGUGGAGAAGAGGAGGGCUAUUUUUGAAUGUGAAGUUUCAGAACCUGAUAUUCAGGUCCAGUGGAUGAAGGAUGGACAAGAACUCCAGAUUGGUGAUAGGAUGAAGAUUCAGAGAGAGAAGUAUGUCCAUCGUCUCAUCAUUCCUUCUACAAGAAUGUCUGAUGCUGGUCAGUACACUGUAGUAGCAGGCGGAAACACAUCCAGUGCCAAUUUGAUUGUUGAAGGUCGUGACAUUCGUAUCAGAAGUGUCCGUAAAGAUAUUCAGGUCAUGGAGAGACAAAGAGCUGAAAUUGAAUUUGAAGUCAAUGAAGAUGACAUUGAGCCACAGUGGUACAAGGAUGGUAUUGAGAUCAACUUCCAAUAUGAGGAGAGAUACAGUUAUGUGGUGGAAAGAAGAGUUCAUCGAAUGAGCAUUUUUGAAACCACUUACUCUGAUGCUGGAGAAUAUACUUUUGUUGCAGGACGGAAUAAGAGUUCUGUUGUUCUCUAUGUGAAUGCUCCGGAGCCACCCAAGAUUAUUCAGGAGCUAGAGCCAACCACUGUGGAGUCUGGCAAACCUGCCCGCUUCUGUGCUAUGAUAUCAGGCAAACCACAGCCCAAAAUCUCCUGGUACAAAGAUGAUCAACAGCUUUCUCCAGGUUUCAAGUGUAAAUUUCUUCAUGAUGCACAAGAGUAUACUUUAUUGCUGAUUGAGACUUUCCCUGAAGACGCUGCCGUGUACACCUGCGAAGCAAAAAACGACUAUGGAGUUGCUACAACUUCAGCUUCGCUUUCAGUGGAAAUUCCAGAAGUUGUUUCUCCUGAGCCAGAAGUACCAGUGUAUCCACCUGCUGUCAUAAUACCGCUUCGUGACACUGUUACAUCAGAGGGACAGUCUGCUCGUUUUCAGUGCAGAGUUACAGGGACAGAUCUGAAAGUCUCUUGGUACAGCAAAGAAAAAGAGAUCAAGCCAUCACGGUUUUUUAGAAUGACUCAGUUUGAAGACACUUACCAGCUGGAGAUUGCUGAAGCUUAUCCAGAGGAUGAAGGAGUCUAUACCUUUGUGGCUAGUAAUUCAAUAGGACAAGUGACAAGCACUGCUACCUUGAAGCUAGAAGGAUUUAAAAAGGUUGAAGAAGUUACAUCAGAGUCCCAUUGGCAUGUUUCUUCAUCUGUUUCACUUAAGGAGGAGUCUAUUGGCCAAAGGCCCACCUUUAUCCAGCCUAUUUCAAGCUGCAGCGUAUGCAGCGGGGAAUCAGUCAGAUUCCAAGCUAGAGUCUUUGGUAUGCCCAGACCAAAAAUCCAGUGGUUUCAUAAUCAACAACUCAUGUUGCCAACCAAAGACUUAGUUUUCCAUUUUGAUGAGUCUACAGGCACAGCUACACUGAUAAUAGUAGAUGCUUUCUUAGAGCAUGCUGGCCAAUACUCUUGCAAGGCAAGAAAUAGUGCUGGAGAAACAACUUGUACAGCUACACUUACAGUGACUGCUGAAGUGCAAGCCCUAGAUAGGCAAAGUUCUGGGAAUGAUGUAAAAGAGUCUAUCCAGUCACAGGCUAUAUCAGAACUUCAUGUUACUCCUCUCACAAAGAAGAACAUUAAAACUUAUCAAAAAGAAUUUAAAUCAGUGCAACAACCAUCACAGGAUCUGGGUGUACAGGUUUUCCAAAGUGUAUCAGAAAGUUUGACCAUGAAGGCUACAUCAGUUGAAGAAAUGGAAGCCAUGCGCACAACCAUCCUUUCCCAAACAUCUCAAAGCACCAGAAUCUCUAUGACCACUGCUCAGGAAAUGAAAGGUGUCCCUCCAAAGAUUGUCUUGCAGCUCAGAGACAUAACUGUGAAAUGUGGCGACACUACUCAGUUCAUAUGUGCCUUAGAAAAUGAAUUCUUCUCUGAGUUUCUUUGGGCCCACGAAGCAAAAGAAGCACAAGCCAAAGCAGUAACAAAAAUUACCCUUGAAUCAGAUACUAAAAGCUUUAAAGCAGCCAAAGAUUGUCAGUUUAAAGCAUCUGAAGUUAAGCAAGAAUCUUCCAAGAAAACCUCAAGCUUGUUUAUAUCUACAUCCCAAAGACCGUAUGAAAAUGAGAAGCAAAGAAUCUCCUAUCCUGAUGUUUUGCCAUAUGAAGACAUCACAGAAACCGAUGCAGAAGCACCAGAGUUUCUUGAAACUCUGCCUUCAGAAACCACUGUAAAAGAAGGAGAUGAUGUGUUACUCUUUUGUAUAAUGAAAGGCAUGCCUACACCUUGUGUGGUCUGGCUGUGCAAUCGGCUAGUAGUUGAGGAGUCUGCAUUGUGUUCCUUAAAACAUGAUGGGCCACUGUGCAGCUUAAGAUUAUUAAAAGUUGGUCAGAACCACAAGGGUAUAUACAAGUGCAGAAUAGUUAAUCCUGCAGGACAAGCCGAGUGCAGCACCCAUCUGAGAGUGACAGCUCCUGAAAAAAUUAUUCUUGAGAAGCUAGAGGAAGAGACUGAAAUGGAAGUGAAAGAGCAGCACAGCAAGGCGAACCUUGACGGACGCAGGACAGCGGCGGUGCUGGAUUUCCCCCAGAACUGUAAACCCACCUUCACACAGGGCCUCAAGUGUAGGUCUGUCUUGGAGGGGGACCCUGCACUCUUCCAUUGCAAGCUGUUGGCAUGCCCACCUCCGCACAUGGCCUGGUUUCACAACAACCGGCCAGUCCAUCAGGACUGCCGCAAGGUGAUCCGCACCGAGAGCGAGGAGCAAACGCACCACGCCAGCCUGGAGGUGCGGGACGUGCGGGAGCACGAUGCUGGCAGUUACAGGGUAUUUGCCAUAAACAGCGAGGGCUCGGCUGAGUCCACUGCCUCGCUGCUGGUGGCACGCAGUGGAGAGCAGCAGGGCUCACAUUUUGCAGGGAAAGCGGAGUGGAUGCGUGAGAAGUGGGAGUGCUUGCUGCGGCAGCGGCAGGAGGACCGGCUGCAGGUGGUGCUCCGUUGCACUGGCUCACCCUUUGACAAAGGGCAGGAGGCUGAGCAGUUGCUUGGGCACCUCUCCCCAGCCCGGGGUAUGGUACGAACCAUCCGUUUUCAGAGGCUGCCACCGGUGGAGCCUCACCGUCCAGGGCUGAUGUGUGGUAGGGAGCACAGUGACACAGUGGUGGAUGCUGAGGACGUGCUGGAUGAGGAAAUCCGUUGGAAGCUGCAGCGACUGCGGGAGGCAAAGAGGGCAGCGCUGAAAAAGAAGCAGGAAUCCCUCAUGUUUGCACCCCAAGGGAGCCCUCAUGGGAAGCCCAGCCCACCUGAGGUGGCUGCCAAAACGCAUGACUCAGAGCUCCCGGUGGCACAGGUGGUGAAGCGGUACCGCAGGCACAAGGCCACAGAGGAGGGAUGGCAGGUGUCAAGUGGGCUCCUGGAGGACUGCCCACCCCUUUUUGUCCAGGAGAUCAAGCCCCAGGAGGCUGUUGAGGGGCACAGAUGCACCUUCUCCUGCCUCUUCCAUGGCUGGCCGCAGCCCACAGUCACUUGGUACAACAAUGCCAAGCCUGUGGGAUGCAUCCAGGGCACGGCCGUUCACACCACAGGGUGCCGCUCUACACUGACCUUCCCAUCCCUGCUCCCACAGCAUGGUGGCACUGUCACCUGUGUGAUCUUCAACCCACUGGGCACAGUCAGCACCUCAGCUGCACUCCGUGUGGAGGAGGAAGAGGAGGAAGUUGGCCUGGCUUUUGCAGGAGAAGAGGGACUGCCAAGUGUAGUUCCAGACUCAGACUUGCUGUCGCUGCCUGUGGAAAUCAAAAUCACGGCCCCUACUCCAACACCAGAGCAAGACACAGAGAUGAGGGAGACCAUGCGGCCCUCUCCAGACCAGACUGCUCCCACCAUGAAGCACAAAUUCAAGUUUUCAUUUGAUGUGGGAAAUGAGCCACCUCAAAUUCUGGCAGAAGCCCCAGCCCACAUUCAUUGCCAUGAAGGGGACGCAGUGCUGUUGGAGUGUGCUGUGUCUGGGCAGCCCCCGCCGACUGUGGUGUGGUCCCUGAAUGGCCAGAGGCUCUAUGCUGGUGAGAGGUUGAGGUUUGAGGAAGGCAAGAAUGGCGUGUACCGCUUACACAUCCAAGGCGCCUCUGUCACAGAUGCUGGGCUGUAUUGUUGUGUGGCCAAGAAUGUGGCUGGAAUGACACAGACUGCCUCUGAGCUGAUAGUGCAGCCCAGUGCACCCAGGUUGUAUAGCAAGGAUGGAGGUACUGAGGAGCUGCCUGCCAUGGACCAUGUUCUAGACCUCGAAGGCCUCAGUACACUUGGGAAGGGUGAAGAGGAACAGCUCACAUGCUCCAAGGGGGUGGAAACCCAUUUACCUUGGUCCCUGAGGAUGUCUUCAUCUACUGGUGAGCAGUUGGAAGAGUGUGAGAAAACUCACUUCAGGGAAAGUGUGAUGGAGGAAAUGAUGGUGCUGGAUACCAUGGAAGCUUGUGCAAGGCAAGAAACAGAUUAUACAGAAGAAAGUGUGAGGGAUACAGAUGGUAUUUCAGAGAUGAGACAGUACCAAGGAAAAGUUGUCUCUGAGGAACACAGCUUUGCAGCAGAUGUCACUGAGCUGUACCCCAGCAUGUCCAGGGAAGAGCAUGAACUGGUGGCCAAGGACUCGGGUCACUUUUCAGAGGAGCUGGAGGCUGAAGGAGACAAGGUGAUACCACAUAGUCUGUCCUGGGAUAUUUUUAAGUCACCAUUUAUGGAAGUGGAAGGGCAAGCACAUGCCUCUGAGCAGUCUGCUCUGGCAAGGGAGUGUGAGGACUCACAGUCUUUUGUUCCUAUAUCACCUGUGGUGCAAGAGAGGAGUGUCCCUGCCUGUGAGGCAACAUCUCCUGAUGUGCCUCUUGUAGAAAAGCCAAGUAUGCCCCACCUGCAGAACAACAUUGCAAGCACACCCACAAAGGAGCUGUUUGGUUUUUAUAACUUCUGUACAGUGGAGCAACAAGAGGAACAUGACAAGGAGCAAGAGAGACCAGCUGAUAUUGAGCAGGAUGCUGAGACUGAUGGUCAUCUUUGUAAAGAAGAAAUGCUUGAUGCUGCAGAUGUUGCACCCUGUGGAAUGCACAAUGAUGGACAAAUGUUGCAAGAAAUGGAGUCCGAUACAGGCAACUCUUCUUUGGAUCUAAUCCUCACUUCUCCUGACAUAGAAAACUCAGAUCAGGACUUUACUGAGGAAGUUGAAGUUCACAUAGAAGAAGUGCAUUUCAAAGAGCAGCUGUUGCCAUCUGAGAUUGAUGAGAUGGAUACCAGAUUUGAUCUGAAGCAAUUUGUGGAGCCUUUGCCAGCUGCAGAGACUGUGGCCACAGAACAGGCAGAAACCCCUGCAGCUCUGGAGAGUGUGGAGGUAGGAGUGGCUGGGCUUAUCCCCUCUGUGCAUCAACAUGAUGUGCUUGUGGAAGAGAUGUCUCUGAGUGAGAAACUGCGUCAGAGCUAUAAGAUUCAGGAGGAGGAGGAGGUCAGUGCACAGGAAGAGGCACAAACAAGAGAAAUCAGAAGGCCUGAUUUACAAGUCCCUAAUGGGGACCUUGGCAGCAUCAUGGUAACUGGUGAAGAGGGAUCGUCUGCUGAAGAAAUUAAUGAGCCAGAGGUGAGGAUAUGUGAGGAAGAUUCACCUGAGGGACAAACUCAUAGUUUUCUGAUGGAGUCUACUGCAGCUUUCCAAAGCGGAAUGCAGGAAAUGCAUGUGUGGGAGCAUGGGGAACAUCUAGAGACCAUAGACUCCCACAGUGACAGCUUCAUCAGUGACUUGAAAAAAGCUGCACUUGAAAAGAAACUCACGGUUGGGCAUCAGGCUGAGGAGGAAGAAGGUUCUGGGAUAGAAAAGGUCUUUGAAACAGGAAUGAGCAGCUCCACCUGUGAGAUUGAAAGCACAGAUUCCCCUGAGGAGGUGCUCAGGGAUACCCAACAGGAACCAAACACAACCAAGGGCUUCUCUUUUGGCCAGUUCUUACUUGGUUUAAUAAUGGAUCAUCCUGUGGCACAGGAGGAGCAAAAGACAGAGUCUUGUGGCAGUAAGAGGAUUCCCACUGAGGAAGCCUCUGAUGAUAGCCUGGAUGAAGAAGGACUAUGGAAGGAUACUUCUGCAAGUCCAGAGCCCAGUGCUGUUCCACCCUCAAAGCAGAAGCUUGACUUGUCCCUGGCCAAAUAUUUAAGGUCAACUGGGAUGCAGAAAACUCCAGAUCUCAAAGGGACAGUUCAGAAGGAGCAGCAAGAGGCCAUCACGUCUCUGGAAGUGGAGGAGGUUACCUUCAGCACGGUUUAUGACUAUUACAACAACCAGCAGGAAUUUGCCAGGCCCUUCUCUCCUGAGUCAGAAAUGUCUAUUGAGCUGCAGAGCGGCAGCGGAGAGGAGUCACCCGAUUCAGACCACUUCUACACACCUCCCUCCUCAGUGGAAAUCUUUGAAACUGCUUCAUCAGCAUCCUACUACACACCACUCAGCACACCCGAGCGCUACUCCACACCCUCCGAGGGCUCAGGGUACGGCACGCCGCCCGAGCGCUACUCCACACCCUCCGAGGGCUCAGGGUACGGCACGCCGCCUGAGCGCUACUCCACACCCUCCGAGGGCUCAGGGUACGGCACGCCGCCCGAGCGCUACUCCACACUAUCCCAGGAUUCAAAAUACAACACACCCUCAGAGAGCUACUUCACACCCUGCGGGGUACCCUACUCUGCAUCAGGGGACAGCACGCCACCAGAGCGCUACCGAACACCCACGGGGGAGUAUGUGGAUGCCCUGACCACGCUCCCUCUCUGUGAAAGAAGAGAACAGCCUCCAGACCAGCCGCAGGCUGAGGUGUUUAGGACCCCCUGUGAGGCCCUGGAGCCGUCAGGCAGGGAGGUGCCACCUGCAUUCCUCAAGGCGUUGAGUAGGAGGAGGCUGUAUAAGGGCAGUACGCUGAUCUUUGUGGUGGAGGUGGUGGGUGUGCCUAAACCAGGGGUGGAGUGGUAUCGUAAUAAAUCUCUGCUGGAACUGGAUGAGAGAGUGCGGAUGGAGAAUGAUGGGGACAAAUAUGUGCUGGAGAUCACUAACAUCCAGAAAACCGAUGGAGGGCAGUAUCUGUGCCAUGCAGUAAACAUUGUUGGGGAAGCUAAAAGUGUUGCGCAGGUGGAAGUUUUGUCUGAAGAUGAGCAGUCGCUAGCACUGCCACCGCCUGUCACCCACCAGCAUGUUAUACACUUUGACCUGGAGCAAAACACAUCUUCAAGAUCACCUUCACCACAGGAAAUCCUCCUAGAAGUGGAACUGGAUGAAAAUGAGGUGAAAGAGUUUGAGAAGCAAGUGAAAAUCAUAACCAGUCCUGAGUUUAGUCCAGAUAAAAAGAGCAUGGUGGUUUCCCUGGAUGUCCUUCCUCUUGCCUUGUUGGAGCAAGCUGCAGGCUUGGCCAUAGAGAAUGAGGAUGUAAAAAUUGAUUUCCAAGUAACAGAAAUGCCUCCCCGCUUUGCUGUGCCCUUUGCAGAUGUCAAGGUGACAGAAGGCUUGGAGGCAGUGUUUGAGUGUGUGGUAACAGGUACUCCUGUCCCAGCGGUGCAGUGGUUCAGAGGUGACACCCGUCUGACACCUGCCACAGGGAAGUAUGUUGUGAGUCAGAAAGAGGGAUUUCACAGCCUGAAGGUCCAAAACGUAGGUCCUUCUGAUGGUGGCUGGUAUCACUGUCGAGCAAUCAAUAAGCUGGGAGAAGCAAUGUGCAAAGCCUCAGUCAUAGUCGUGGCUCGGCAGGAAGCAAGUGCUAAGGCAAGCAGUGAGAGAAUCACAGGCAGCGAACCUCACAGGCCCCAGAAGUGUGACUUGCUUUUGAAUACGACUGCGAGCCCAGGUGGCCAGUCAGAAACAGAGCUGGAGUCUGAGUUUGAGCCGCACACAGGUGACUCAGACAGAGCAAUCCAACAGCUUGUGGAGACUCAACAAGAGCAGGAAGCAGAAGGGGACAAGUGUGCCAACAUUAGUUUUGGUGUGUUUGCAGAGCCAUCGCAAGAGGAAUGGGUUGAGUUUAGGGCAGAGGACUCAGAGAAGUGCAGCUUUGAAUUCCAGGUUACAGAAGCCCCUCCCAAAUUUCUGAGGCUCAUUUCUGACUGCAGUACAUUUAUAGGUGCCUCUGCAUGCUUCCAAUGUCUCGUGACUGGUUCCCCCCCGCCAAGUGUCUGCUGGUACAAAGAUGGGGUGUUGUUGGAAGGGGACAGGUACUGUGCACAGGAAGAGCAGGGGGGCUCUCACAGCCUUACUAUUGAAAACUUGAUGCAAAGUGACAGUGGGCAGUACAAAUGUGUAGCUACUAACAGGGCAGGAACUGCUGAGGCUUGUGCUGUGUUAACUUUGUACUAA